AUGAUCGGAAAUUAUCCGCAAGCAACUCUACAAAACGGUACCCUAUUGGAUGUGCGUAACGGAAACGAGCAUAUUCAGUAUCCUCAAGCCCAGCAGAGCCAACAACAAGCCCAACAACAACAACAGCAGCAACAGCCCACCCAACCUCAUUCCACAUCGCAACAAUCCGAGACAAUUCGAGCGAGUGAACGGGCUGAUGAUGGAAAAGAAGUACCGCAAGUGUCAUGGUGA